AUGAGCGAACUACGCGCCGCUGUCUUCGUGGCAAAACCAAUUCCAUUCAAAGGAGCAGGUCUAGAAGGCCACUGGUCGCCAAUCUCUUGCACAUUGGUCUACGAUAAUUCCAGUGCGUUGCUCGUGGACGCGCCGAUCGAUAUCGAAAACUCCAAAGAGCUCGUCGCCUGGAUCCAAAAGAUUGCUCCUGGUCGAGUUCUGGAAACAAUCUACAUCACUCACGGUCAUCCAGAUCACUGGUUUGGCGUCCCCAUAGUCCUAGAAAAGUUCCCGACUGCCAAAGUCUUAGGCACGCCGGGAACGAUCGCGCACGCCAAAGAGAAUGUAGACCCUGGCUACUAUGAUGCUGUAUGGGGUGCUUGGUUCUCAGAUGUGAUCCCGCCUCAUCGCCCGUGGGUUUUCCCAGAGCCACUUCCAGAGGGAAACAAAUUCCACAUCGGAGGGAAGUGGGAGUGCGAGGCUAUCGACGUCGGCCAUUCCGAUACUUGCAACACUACGAUCCUAUGGAUUCCGGCGUUGAAACUCGUCGUAGCUGGGGAUGUUAUUUAUGGACAAGUGCAUCAGAUGUUCGCCAUCGCUACCACAAAGGCUCAACGGGAUGAAUGGCUUAGGGCAGUCGAUGUGGUCGAAAGCUUGAAGCCAGCAUACGUGAUUGCCGGUCAUCAGCAAGCAGAAGAGAUUCAUGGCACUUGGAACAUUUCUACGACGAGAGUGUAUAUCAAAGAUUUCGAAAGGCUUCUAGGAGAGGUUAAAGCCCGUGGAGGCACUAGCGAUGAAUUUUACGAUGAGAUGAUGAAGCUGCAUGGAGAUCGAGCAAACCCGAUGGUGCUUCGAUGGGGAGUCAAGUCCAAUCUCUGA